AUUCACGCUGCGAACUCCUCCCGCGUUACGGAAGCGCGACGGACGUGCGGGGCUUCGCGCGAUCGAUCGGUUUGAACGUCGUGUGACCGGAUCGCGUGGAAAUCACGGGGGGAUUCCGGACUCGUUGCCGGUCUGGCUGGCAUGCUGCGUGCAGUGUCGACGAUAAGCUAUGGAGCCGCCCCCGUCCGCACAUGGCGCAUCGCGAUGAGUAAUUCCAUGGACUGUGUAAACGCGGUUUAGUGCGGGUUUGUCGCGCGCAUCGUUCCAAGUGCAUCUAGCAUAUCCGCGAACUUUUAGAGUUUUUACGUGAACUUUCUUUAAUCGCGCGAGGUGAAUCUGCAUAGAAUUCUUUCGGUGCAUAUAAUCGAUCUUACACAAUCGCGGUUGCGCGCGUCGUUAUUUUAAUACGUGGAUAAUUGUCCUUGGUAGUGAUCGUUUUGUCGAUGAUUACUGCGCUCGAAUAAAGUCCGCUCGAAGUGAUCGAUCGAGUCGCCGGGAUGAAGAUCUUCCGCAAGAUCUUUAGAAGUAAAAAGAAGAAGCACAUUGUGAAUCGGAAGAAACGGCAGACCACGUCGAGGGUGAGAAACGCGAGCAGGACGCGCGACGCGCACCUGCUGAGAGACGAUUUCCUCUUCGGCGCCGGUACGCGCCGUUCGAGACCACAUCGACGUAAACACAAGACUGGCGACAGAGGAUGGGAGAUCCAUCACAUUAAGGUGACCAGAGUGCCCGGUUAUGGUUUUGGAAUAGCUGUGUCAGGAGGUUGCGAUAAUCCUCAUUUUACUAAUGGCGAUCCAGCGAUCGCGAUCUCCGAUGUGCUCAAAAACGGUCCGGCUGAAGGAAAAUUACAAGUGAACGAUCGUAUCAUCUCCGCCAAUGGAAAAUCAUUGGAAGGUGCCGAUUACGCGAAAGCCGUGCAAGUUUUACGGGAUUCCGGUUCAACCGUUUUAUUAGUUGUUAAACGGAGAGCUUUCUCGAAUUCACCCAGUUGUUUAGGCAGCGGAAUACCUCAAAGUCAUCGGCUUACCCUCACGCGAAACAAUAAAAAAGAUGACUUCGGCAUAGUGCUGGGAUGUCGAUUGUACGUGAAGGAGGUUACGCGAGAGAAUAUUGGAGUGAAAACCGGGGACGUGUUAACCCGAAUAGGCAGCGUCGCUGCCGACAAUAUGAGUCUGAAGGAAGCUAGAAAGCUAAUGGACCAAUGCAAAGAUAGACUCUCUAUCGUAAUUACGCGGGAUAGCUCGUGCUGCCAUGUGCAGCAGCAAGGUAAAGGGGAUAGCGGUGAAUACCUGUCGGGCGCGAGUUACAGUAGUCAGAACUUAUACGUUCCGCCACCCACGAGGCAGCCUUUGGAAGACAAGAGUAACCUCGUGCCGAGGGGCCGCUCACGAGGCCCGCUGAUGGACGUGUCUCUAAGUCAGCUGGAUCUACCAGCUACGCCCACUGUGGAUCCACCCAGACCACCUCCACCGAGACCGGAAGAUUAUUAUAGUACACGUAGACAAUUGUACGAUGAAGAUUCGGUUUCGCCUCGGUCGAAACAGCCCAUGCCAGAUCCUCGAUUCAUUACGUUCCAAAAGGAAGGAUCCGUAGGCGUGCGAUUAAGCGGCGGCAACGAAACCGGAGUCUUCGUAACUGCUGUUCAAGCGGGAAGUCCUGCGUCGCUUCAGGGUCUUCAACCAGGGGAUAAGAUUCUAAAGAUAAAUGAUAUGGAUAUGAAGGAGGUCACGAGGGAGGAAGCCGUACUAUUCCUUCUUAGCUUGCAAGAACAAAUCGAUCUUAUUGUGCAACAUCGACGUCAGGAAUACGACCAAAUUGUUGCAUCCGGCAGAGGCGACUCUUUUCACAUAAAAACUCAUUUUCAUUAUGAGCAACCGCAAAAAGGAGAGAUGAGUUUUCGGAGCGGCGACGUCUUUCACGUGAUGGACACUCUUCACAACGGUGUCGUAGGAUCUUGGCAGGUUUUCCGAAUUGGACGAAACAAUCAAGAGGUACAGAAAGGCAUUAUACCUAACAAGGCCCGGGCUGAAGAGCUUGCGACCGCGCAGUUCAACGCGACGAAGAAAGAGAUGAGCGCCAGCGAGAGCAGAGGCAACUUCUUCAGGAGAAGAAGAAACAGUCACAGACGCUCGAAAUCAUUAGGAAGAGAUCAUUGGGACGACGUAGUAUUCUCCGAUAGCGUCAGCAAAUUUCCGGCUUACGAACGUGUAAUUUUAAGACAUCCCGGAUUUGUCAGGCCCGUCGUUCUCUUUGGACCCGUGGCCGAUCUUGCAAGGGAAAAGCUUCUCAAGGAUUUUCCCGAUAAGUUCACGUCGCCACAAAUGGAAAGUCAAAUGGAGGACGGUACGGGAAAGAACAUGAAAACGUCCGGAAUCAUUCGCUUAAGCGCCAUCAGGGAAGUGAUGGACAGGGGCAAGCACGCAUUGCUUGACAUCACUCCGAAUGCCGUGGAUCGCUUAAAUUACGCUCAGUUUUAUCCGAUUGUCAUUUUCCUGAAGGCCGAGACGAAGCAAGUCAUCAAAGAGAUGAGAGCUGGCAUACCAAAGUCGGCGCACAAAAGCAGUAAAAAGCUUUUGGAGCAGUGCCAGAAACUCGACAAGAUCUGGGGACACGUAUUCAGCGCGGUGAUCACUCUCAACGCACCGGAAGCUUGGUAUCGAAAGUUGAGAGAACUCAUCGACCGCCAGCAGCAAGGUUCGCUAUGGAUGAGUCAAACUAAGCCGGAAGAAGCCCUCUCGGAUGACUUCCUAUUCCCGAUGACUUCUCGCCUCUCCUACGCUUCCUCUCCGGAGAGCGAUCUGGAGUUGAGCCCAGCGACCGUUAUCCCGGGCACUUUGGGCCCACCGUCGCGGCUAAAGAGUAGUUCCGAUCCGAGUAUUGCCACUCAAGACGAUACUACUGCGCCGCCACCGUACUCAACGAAUUAUCAGCAAUCGUUUGAACAGCAGAAGAGAAGAUCCCAAGGAAUAGGUGACAGCAAGUACGGCUUUUCCUUGUCUGGUCAAAGAAGCAAUCAAUCCGGCUCGCCGGAAUAUCUGGGCAAUUCCUUCGAGCCUAGAUCCCCUCAUCACAGUCCACCGGAUCUUCCACCUCGAGUCGAUCGUAAUGUGAAGCCGAUUAAUCAAACGCCGCGGGGAACGAUAGGGCGAUCCGCUCAGGAACGUCUAGGAGUGAAUAAAACCGACUCAAUUCUAGAUAUGGGAAAUUACAUCAAUGCGACCCCUCACAAAGCAAAUGCUACAUCAUCCCUCGAACGGGCACAGCCGAAGGCGGGAAGUUAUGACAGCAUGUCUUCGUAUGAUUCGUACAACAAUGCUAACGGGAAUGCGAACUACGGGAUGGCGAAUUUGAAUACGUCGACAGGUCGUUUAGGCCCGAAUGUACCUGAUGAUCUCAAAACCGGCAACAUACCAGCGAGAGCGCACGAUCCAUACAGAUUCACUAGAUCUACAGCUCAGCCCAUUUCCACGCAUGACGCUCAAACACGAACCGAUUAUGCCAAAUACAGCCGUUCCACCGACUACAAAUCGAUACCAAUUUCGCAAAAUAAACCGGCAGGCACUUACAAGCCGAUUCCGCCUCCAAAACCGAAGAAUUAUAGGCCACCGCAAGCGCUUGGACAAACGGAGAACAACGGGAAUGAUGGGAGUAAUUCGUACCAACACUCGAAGAGUUAUUCCAUCGCUACGUCGCAUGUACAUAAUGGGGUAGAAAGCAACAGCAACGUGCAGCGCAACAGCGGUCAGUAUUACUACAACAUCCCACCACCCGGCCGUCACAAUGAGGGCAACAUCGUGAAUUCUCAUCACAAUCUAAGUCAUCUCACGUCGCCGACCCACAGCCACAGCCUCAGCCACACGCAUUCGCAUUCGAGCCCGCCGGUGACCACCACGCAUUCCCACAGCAACAGCACGGGCCAGAUCAGCCUCGGUCUGCCGCACAACCGGAACAGCGCGAAUCACAAUGGAUAUAUGCACGGUAAUAACCAUGCUCCCGCGGCCCAGCUCUAUCCCUCCGCUAAUCCGGGACACAAUAGGGAACCCAGCGGUCUCGAUCUGGCUGGUAGCCGAGAGCAAAGAGGCAGCGCUUUCGAGCUCUAUCGAAAGCCGGUCCAUCAUUACAAUAUGAGAUGAGUAGAGGCGUCAGUAGAGAAGAAUUCGCUCAGAAAAGAGAACCAACAGACGGCGGCGGUGACUUAGCUCAUAUUUUAAGAAUGUAAAAUGAUCGAUUUUGUCCCUUGCAUACCUUGCACACGGGCAUUAGUAUUUUUAAAGCGCAAAAAUGAUUUAGGAACAUGGGAGAAGUAAAAGAAGAUUCUCCUGAUUAAUUAGAAAUAACAUACAAUGUGUUAAUUAUACAAUGUAAACCGUUCUUUUUGUACUUUUGUAAUAUCUUGAGUGUACGUCGAAUGUGGAGAUUCCUUCUUUCAUUUUCGUAGUUCAGUAGGAAUGUUGUUGUAUGUUGCAGUUAACGUGUAUCCUGACGCAAGACUUAUUAUAUUAGGAUGAAUUAAUGAAUCUGUCGGAGCGCGCAGAAGAAUAAAUCGUGCAAUGUCGUAGACAUAGAUUUAAAAAAAAAAAGAAACAUGAAGUUACAUUAGCCAAGACAUAAUAUCGCGAGAAAUACUGUGCCUUACUGAAAAGAAACGUAAAUUUUAACGAUAGAAAUCCUGAAAUACCAACGGACGAAACAUUUUUUAAUCCUAUGGAGAAGUACUUAAAUAUUUUACACAUAAAUACAUUUUUACGAAAUAGAGAAUUUUUUUUAUUACGACAGAAAAGAUAAUGAAGUCUAUCUUUUUGUUUGAUAUAAGUACGUAAGAAAUCUUACCAUGUAUUUAUGUGUCAUCAUUAAUGAUAAUACAUAAAUUACGCAUGUACGUUUAAUAAAGAUAAUGUAGAAUGAUUUUUGAAGACACAAGAUGUAAGUGCAAUGUAACGUAACAAUACUCAGUCGACUACACACCGGGUGAAAUCUGUACAGUUAUUUUAGUUAUAUUUUCGCGCUUUUGCUGGAAAUAUAAAUAACGCCAGAGGAGGAAAGAAAGCAAUUUUACAAAACGUUAACAAUAAAUAAGAGAGUGUUUAACAGUUCACAAUACUUACCGCUUAUUCUUUAAACAGUUUAUAGAAGAACCGCUUUUAAUUUGUGCGGCAACUAUAUCUACAUUAUUGAUAUGUUAUUGACGUAUGUGAUAACGUUUAAUAAAUAAAACCUCUCUAUUGUUAUCAAAUAAAAGCAUGGAGCGUGCCUGACUCCAAAUCUUUUGAGGGAAUAUUUUUUUAUCGAUGAGAUAAACAUAAUAAAUAAGUGCAAUGCAAGGAAUAAUAAUACAUAAUAACAUGAUACAUUGUUUUUUAUGUUUUGUAUAAUAAUAACAAUGUUGUUUUGUACAUUUUUAAACCUAUCACUAUCAAUAUUAUUAGGAACAUAUAAUUAACAUAAGUGAAAUAAAUAUAAGACACUAUAAUUCUUAUUAUACACUUAUGAAUGAUUAAAAAUUAUAAAGAAAGGAAUUUUUAUAAUAUAUGUCCGAAUUUUAUUACCAUGAAAUUAUAAUGGAAAGCAUAUUUACUCAAAACAUUUGGAGGUAAUUUGGAGUUCUUCAAGAGAAGUUUUUGAAAAAAAUACUUUUUUUUUGGUCGGGCACGCCCAUGAUUAUUUAUUAUGAAUCGUAUUAUGCGUCAUUAGUAGUAAACCAAAUGGUCUUCUUAGAAUUAGGGUGAGGUGUUAUAAAGAGCUUAUAUUAGCGUUGUUAGAUCAAAUAAUCUGUGUCAUCGUAUACCAACAUACUCCUUGUAUCACGAAUUAAUGCGUAAACAAAUUAUAUUGUUGUUAACGAAGUACGACAGAGAGUAAACGUUACACACGCCGUUAAACGAAAGAGAGUAGCAUAAGUAUAAUUAUAAGUUUGAUUACUAUUGACACGAUCAUUAUUCAUGAGUAUUAAAUUUAAACAUGCGAUUUGUCUCGUGCUACCGUAGCGAGGCUGUAGGACUUAUUAUAUAAAAGACUAAUGUGAUGUCCGCAUGACAAUUUAUAAGAAACAAAAUAAAAAAUUCGAGCAAAAAUAGACAUUUGAAUCCGACACAAA